CGUUGGCGUCUUGGCUGGAUGCCGAAUGGUCGUCCGGAGGCUAUCUGCCACAAUUGUUCAGAUCGCCAUCACCUAUCUCAGGACCAUGUCAUCAUCUGUCUGCAAGCACAUGUGCGUUUACAGGUUCCUCUUGUAAUCCUGAAUCCUAUCUCCUUCAUACUCAAAUCGUUACCAAGAACUCGCCCUCGCAGCACCACCACCAAACGUUAUUGGCGCUCUUGUUGGCCCCGACUCACCAGCUUACUCCGAGACAUCGAUCGUUUAUGCCACGAA